AGACCAAAACUUGGCCACUUUGUCUCCCUGAUAACAAACGAUUUAAAUUCAAUUGAAGAUCAGUAUUUUGCCUAUUUUCGGAUGACGGAAGAACAAUUUGAAACCAUUUUGAACUUGAUCCAUGAUGAUAUUGUUAAACAAGACACGCGGUUCAGAAAAGCCAUCUCACCAAGAGAACGUCUAUCUGUCUGUUUAAGAUUUUUAGCAACCGGUGACUCAUAUGGAUCAUUCCAUUACAGCUAUAGAAUGGGCAUUUUAACAGUGUCAAUGAUCAUUGUAGAAGUCCGUGUGGCAAUAUUGGAAAGACUAAGCGGUAUUUACAUGGUAAUGCCAUCAUCACCUGACGAAUGGGAAAAGUUAGCAAACGACUUUUACCUCCGAUGGAACUACCCAAAAAGCCUAGGAGCUAUUGAUGGAAAACGUCAUAUUCAAGCUCCUAACAACAGUGGCUCGAAGUAUUUUUGUUACAAGGGCCAUUUUUCGAUUGUCCUUUUGGCCUUAGAUGAUGCUAAUUAUUGCUUUACAAUAUUGAUGUUGGCAACUAUGGUUCAGCAAGUGACGGGGGUAUCUUCGCAAGAAGCACACUCUCGAAGGCAAUUGAUAAGGGCACAGUGA